AGGCAGGUGCGCUAUUACUACUUUUCAUAAUUAAUUAAAUAUUAGAUCAAUAUAUUAAUUAUGGUAUCUUUUGAAGGAAAAGUGAUUCUUAUUACUGGUGCCAGUUCGGGUAUUGGAGCAGCCACCGCAGUUGAGUUUGCAAAAGAGGGUGCCAGUUUGGCUUUAGUUGGACGAAAUGAAGAUAAACUAAGAGAAACAGCAAGUAAUUGCAAAAAAGCAAUUAUCAAUGAUGUCGCAGCAACUCAAACCAUCCUUGAGUUAAAAGCUGACAUGAAUAAUGAAUUGGAAGUUCAGCAUAUUAUAACCAAAACUAUAAAACAAUUCCAACGCCUGGAUGUGCUUGUAAAUGCUGCAGGAAUAAUUGAAACCGGUUCCAUCGAAAACACGAACUUAGAGCAAUUCGAUCGUCUUAUGAAUACUAAUGUGAGAUCUGUCUAUCAAUUAACAAUGUUGGCCGUACCGGAAUUAAUAAAAACCAAGGGAAAUAUUGUCAACAUAUCAAGUGUUUGUGGUUUGCGUGCUUUCCCGAAUGUAUUGGCUUAUAAUAUAUCAAAAACGGCUAUUGAUCAGUUUACACGAUGCGUUGCUUUAGAACUGGCAGCAAAAGGUGUGCGUUGCAAUUCUGUCAACCCAGGUGUUAUAGCAACGGAAUUGCAUAAACGUGGUGGUAUGGAUGAAACUGCAUAUGCAAAAUUUUUGGAACAUUGUAAAACUACACAUGCAUUGGGAAGGGCUGGGGAAGUGCAUGAGGUUUCGGGUGUGAUUUGCUUUCUAGCUAGCGAGAAAGCCAGCUUUAUAACUGGUGUCAACAUGCCAGUUGACGGUGGUCGACAUGCAAUGUGUCCAAGAUAAAUGCAGAUUGCAAUAAGUAUAGUAUAUUUUGAGACUAAGAAAUACAAUAGCUUAGCUAUAAUCUUUUCAAAGGUGCUGGUUUAGGACAUAAAUCUGAAUAUUUUGUAUUGUGAAAUUAAAUAAAAUUUGA